AUGUGGACCACAGUUGUCACUAUGGAUCUAAGGCUUCUCCUCAUGUCUGCUGCUUUACUAGGGGCCACACUUUCUCUGUCUGUUGCGGACCGGCCAUCGCAGUGCAAAGUCAAAUGGACAUUUGGGAUUUUGUGUGAGGACGUGUACAACCGGCUGGUGAGGCAGAUCAAACUGUGGCAGAUAAGUACGAGCUGUCUGUACAUCGGAGAGAAGUGCUCCUAUGAGCUUGUGUCCACGUCGCCGUAUCUGAUCAACGCUGCGCAUACCUCCCACAAGAGCAGGAGUGUCAACCAGCUGCAGUUUCUGUUCGAGCAGUCCACACUCUGCAAAGUGACUGGUGACUCAACGAUGGACUCACCAAAAGAUCCAGAAGCCAAUCGAACAAACUUCUGCAGCCUGCAAAACCUGAUGGACGGCAGCGACCUGAUCAGUGCUGAAGGAUACACACAGUUCAGCAACAAGUGGAUCUGUCCCGGCUUCGACAUCACCAACUGCAGCUUAUCAUUAAAGAUUAUCUAA